ACCAAAUACUCAGAAAGAAAGAGAGAGACGAAAGAAAAGAACAAAAAGCCCCAAGACUUGAUGUAGUCCACAACGCUAAAAUCUCGACCUCAAAGAGAGAAAGUUCCCUUUUUGAUCUUUUUCUCUUCACCUAACUCUUCAUUUUCAGUUCUCGAUUCUGAAAUUACAUAAGUUUUAGUUUCCUGCCUCGAUUUGAGCGAUCUCUAUCAUUAUAUUUGUUCUGAUUGGUUGUGAAAUCGAAGAAUCUGCAAUGAUUUUGGAGGAGAAGGAUGCAUCCGAUUGGAUUUACAGAGGCGAAGGAGGUGCCAAUCUCGUCCUUGCUUACACUGGAUCAUCUCCCCUUUUUGUGGGUAAAGUGAUUCGUAUACAAAAGGCUCCGAAGAACGAUAAAGCAAACAAGAGCGUGAUUGUGAGUGCGAAUGGCGUCGUUUCUGUUUUGACAAGCGAUGAGCAACUUCUCUGGAGGGAUAACAAGGAGCUCAUUUCGUCUACAAACAAGGAAGUUCUUGAACAAAGAUAUGUUAAGCAUGUGAUCAUCCCACUCAUGGGUCCUAAACAUGUAGACGCAGGAGUACGUGUUUCUGUGUCCAAGGAGUUUCUCCAAGCGGUUGAUAAGAAAGUAACUAAGCAGCGUCCACCAUGGCGUGUUAAUGCAGCAAAUGUUGAUACCAGUCAUGAUUCUGCCCUUAUUUUGAAUGAUCAUUCACUUUUCCCUCAAGGGAUUUCUAGUGGUGGAGACUGCUUUAGUGUUGAAAUAAAGCCCAAAUGCGGAUUUCUUCCAACCUCAAGGUUCCUAAGUGAAGAAAACAUGCUCAAAACAAGCGUAAGCCGUUUCAAAAUGCACCAAAUCUUGAAGUUAGAAUAUAAUGAGAUAUCUGAAGUAAGCGGAUAUGAUCCUCUUGAUCUGUUUUCUGGAUCCAAAGACAGAGUUUCAGAAGCUAUAAAAGCCUUGUAUUCGAUUCCCCAGAAUAAUUUCCGCGUAUUCUUGAAUGGUUCUCUCAUAUUAGGGGGAUCUGGUGAAAGUACAGGGAGAACCAGCCCUGAGAUCGCGUACACCUUUGAGGAUGCACUUAAAGGCUUCAUUCAAUCAGAUGAUGGUCUUAGGACAAAAUGCUUUCUAGAGAUAGUAUCUGAUGCUGUCUACAGCUCAGGUGUACUCGAUAAGCUUCUUGAAGUUCAGAAGCUAGAUAAGUUAGACAUUGAAGGAGCAAUUCAUUCUUACUACAAUGUAAUCAACCAGCCCUGUCCUCUAUGUAAAGAAAUUGGACCGUCGGAGAAGUACGCUUCUCUACAUGCUUUACCUUUAGAUGAAAACUUGAAGAUCGUGAAGGAGUAUAUGAUAGCUGCAACUGCCAAGGACUGUAGUCUUAUGAUCAGUUUUCAAUCGAGGAACGCUUUGGAUUCAACACCUUCUUGUGAUGCUGUCUGUCUUAAUUCGACCAGUCAAACGUUUGAUUACAAGGUACACUUCAUUGAUCUAAGCCUGAAACCACUAAAGAGAAUGGAGGCAUACUACAAACUGGAUAAGAAGAUAAUUAGUUUCUACACUCGGAAGCAGAAGGUUAAAAACGGAGAAGAACAAUUCAGCGAUCCAAAACCUUCCAAUAGCUAAGUCAUUGAUUGUCCCAACACCACUUGCAAAACAUAAACAGAGUAAACCCAAAAGUGUUCAUUUCUUAAUGUAUCGUAUUGUUUAUUCUUAAUUCAAAUUGUUAGGUUUACUAACAAAAGUAUGACUCCCUCGAAAAUCAUGUUUAUUGUGAGAGAUGUAUAAUCCUUAAUCUUGACAAGUUUCUUCUGUUUUACCCUCUCUUAAUCUUGAUAG